GAGAGAGAGAGAGAGAGAGAGAGAGAGAGAGAGAGAGAGAGAGAGAGAGAAAUUAAAAACCAUCCACAUGUCAACUAGAGCGCCUUUCCAUAAUUUAUCAAGGUGUAUGUUACCUGAAGCCUACAGGAUCGUGAGGCCUCAUCGGUCGACCCCGAAUAGAAAAGCUUCAGUAUACAAUGAACGGUGUCCAGUGACAGAGUAAUAACGGUCGUAACGUCUCCAGAACCCUGCUGUGACACAAUGAAUCCACCGCUAAAAGAAGAAGAACCCACUUGUGGAACAGGACGCUCUUCCAGUUUGAGACUACGACCGAGUGGCACAAAAAGGCAGCAACUGGAGGAGCCGAGGAAGGAAUACCGAUGGAGGGUGUUAAAACAGUUCUGCGUAGUGGCCAUGGGAUCAGUGGGCCACUUCUGCAUUGGCACCAUAUUGACGUGGCCCUCACCCGGAUUGGCAGACAUGGCUCUCAACAACAAAACCUUAGUUGGAACUGAAUUUACAUUGACGGACGCUCAGAUGGACAUGGCAGGUAGCCUGGUCCAACUGGGAAGCCUUUUCGGUGCUUUCUUUGCUGGGUGGUUGGUGAACGUGGUGGGGCGGAGGCGUUCUCUACAGAUAAACACGGUCCCUUAUUUCCUGGGAUGGAUUAUAACUGGACUCUCUUCAUGCUCAACAGUUUUCCUUUUGGGAAGGUUCUUAUCGGGACUCGGGGUUGGUUUAGCGAACGUGGCUGUCAACACCUACAUCAUGGAGACAGCAGACACAAAGCUGAGGGGCACGAUGUCUGUCGUGCCGGUCUUCUGCAUCGUGUUUGGUGGCCAAUACACUCUGGGACUGGGCACUUUCCUGCCGUGGCACUCUCUCUCUCUCGUUUGCUUAGCGCCGGUUCUAUUGAUGGUGUUCGCUUCCUUCGUCAUCCCCGAAUCCCCGUCUUUUCUGGUCCUCCGAGGACAGCGAGUAGCCGCCGCCCAAGUGCUAAAGCGCCUGCGGGGUAACUUUGUCGACGUAGAGGAGGAGAUGGACGACCUUGAGAGGCGCAACCAAUCUCCGCGGGACAGGAAAUCUUCGGGAUACAAGGUCCUCUUCAGGAGGAAGAUCAUGGCCCGUCUGGGCAUCGUCAUCUUAACGUUUCUUUUCCAGCAGCUGUGUGGGAACUUCAUCUUGAUCGUACAGACUGGAAGGGUCCUGGAAGCUGCUGGAACGCUGUUUGAUCCCGCCACGGCGGCGAGCAUAGUUGUCAGCAUGAGAAUCGCUGGGACGUUCGCCGUUUUUUUUCUCGUGGAUCGCAUCGGCAGGAAAUACUGCCUCGUCGUCUCACAUUCAGUCAACGCCUGCUCCUUGAUUGUCCUCGGGACGUUCGUCUACCUGAAUGGCAAUUCCACGGUGGAACAAACGUUCACGAGCCUCAAAUGGAUCCCGAUGUUCUGCGUCGCAACCUGUCUCUUCUUCGGUGACAUUGGACUGCAUCCGCUCCCUUUUACUUUGGCCGUGGAAUACUUCCCUACGAGCGUUCGCUCACUAGCAUCGUCAGUGUGUAUGUCCUGCGGCACCAUCUUCGCCUUCGUCACCUUGCAGCUGUACAGCCCCAUGCAGGAGUUUCUGACGCAGGCGGGUCUCUACUGGUUCUACGCCGGUUCCAGUGUCGUUGCAACCGUAUUUACUCUCGCGCUAGUGACUGAAACUAAAGACAAGCCUAUUGGAUGAUAUGUUCUGUUAUUAAAUCGUGUUAAAAACA